AUGAAGUCUUUUACUCUCUCGAGCAUUCUUUUUCUGACUUGUGUUCGUGCGGUGACGACAACUGGAGAUUUCACUGCCUUGAGCUUCAACGUCGCUGGCCUGCCUUCAAUCCUGCAGUCUAACGAUGUUGAAGGCGACAAGACUGAGAAUGCAGAGAAACUCGGCACAUAUUUUUCGGAAUAUGGCUACGACAUUAUCCAGAUGCAGGAGGAUUUCAAUUACCAUGCCUAUAUCUACAAAACCGACGACCAUACCUACCGAACCGCGACAUCCGGUGGAGCUGGAAUUGGAAGCGGUCUGAAUACCAUCUCUAACUACGAAUGGGUGGAUUUCACUCGUGUGGAGUGGGACGAUUGCUCUAAUGACUCUGGUUCGGAUUGUCUCACUCCGAAGGGCUUCACUUUCAUGCGUUGGAAUCCCGCCGAUGGUGUUUACAUCGACUUCUACAACCUCCAUGCGGAUGCUGGAACCGAAGAUGGAGACGAGACUGCCCGAAACAGCAAUCUCCAGCAAGUCGCCGAUUACAUUGAGACCUGGUCCACCGGAAACGCCGUCGUCGUCAUGGGCGACACCAAUAGCCGCUACACUCGGAGCGCAGACACUGGAAUCCGCGUCUUGAAGUCACAGAACAGUCUGACCGACACUUGGGUCGAGCUGGAACAGAGCGGUGUUUACCCCACAGCUGGCGCAGAUGCAUCGGUAUGCGAUAAUCCCUCAACAACCGAGACCUGCGAGACAGUCGACAAAACCUUGUACCGAGGUUCCGAUAUUUUAUCUGUUUCAGCGACAGGAUUCCGCUACGACGGUAACAGCUUCUUGAAUACCGAGGGCAAUUACCUCGGCGCAGUGCUUUCCGACCACAACCCGGUACUGGUGAACUUCACCUGGUCCAGUUCGGGCUCUCUUCGACAAAGCCAGUUAUCCGGUGGUCCACACGGAGACUGGUUCAACGACUUGCCCAACAUUCCCUCAUCUCCAGUCGUCUCUAACAUUACAUUCCGUGGUGCCAACCGACUCGACGCGGUUGCUUUGACUCUGAGUGACGGCACGUCGUUCAGCCAUGGCGGUACUGGUGGGACGGAGGUGUCGCUCACACUUGGAUCGGGCGAGUACUGGACUGAGACUAAACUGUGCACUGGAACGUACAACAGUCACACUCGCAACUUCUAUAUAAAGGCCACGACCAGCGCCAAAAAUACCUUGGAGGUUGGUACCUCUACUAACAACUGCAGCACUUUCACGGCUGAUGAUGGAUUCGCGGUGGUUGGUUUUAUGGGCCAGGAUGGGGAUGAGAUGGAUCAGUUGGCAUUGAUUUAUGCUGCCUAUUAG